AUGAUGGCCGACCCGUACUGGGCUGCUGCGGGCCCAUCAAGACCCACAGCUUCUAGCUUCGUCACGGCUCCUGCGCCAACCUUGGCCAAGAAGAAACGAGGUCGCUUCUCCGACCCCAGCAAGAAUGCAUCGAUACCUUCCAUCAUCAACCCACCUUCGCCAGAACUUGUUCCGCGGCAUUCGUCGAGCGCAAGUAGCUGGGGCAUCGAAGACCUCUCCGACUCGGAUGGCGACUACGACUGGCCAACGCCAUUGCAUCUUUCGACCGGCUUCACUUCAGGCAAUGCGGCUACAGCCGCCAGUCCAGACUUGGAUCGUGACGAACUUGCCAGGUUCGCACGACCUUCCAAGCGAGUCCAUCUCGAAACACCCGAAGAUCGACACACCUAUGGCCAGAUGGCCGGACUUCAAAUCGACUCUUCUACUCUGGCCGCUUCGUUACCGAACUCGACUUCAUUUGGGCGUCCCCAAGGGGCGAGGAUGAACAGCGGCGUCGCAGGGGCGUUCGGUCUCAGCGCCUCCUUGGCGUCGGCUUUUGGCGCUGGUGCGGAAGGACUCACCUCCGCACCGAGAGUACCGCCAUCGAGCCCGACCAAAGCCGACGCAGUCCCCUCCUCCUUUGGCGUAUCCGCAUCGCCACUAUACCAGCAAGCCGUAGCUCCCGCACCUCCAACAUCGCCCAGCUUGGCCGACAGCGGUCUCGCUCCACCCUCCUCUCCCUUGCACUCGCACAGCUUUGAUGGAUCGGCUACCUCAACAAGUCGCCCCUUGCCGGCUGAUCUGGAGGACAGCGACAUGAGGUUGCGCAGGGGUGUGCCGUCGAGCUACGAAGUCGAACCCGAUCGCAUCGUCGUCACCAGUCUCGACGACACAUCCUCCUCCGAAGGCGAUGGCUCCAGCGAGGCGGAUGGGCAAAAGACGCCAGAUGCAGACACAUCGACCGAGAGCAAAGACUCUUCCUCCGACUUUGUCAUCAACAACGAGCUCAUGGAGAAGCUCGAAGCGCACAGCAGGGCCGUGCUCACGGGCACGUCUGAUCGAGACAAUGCUGCCUCCAACUCUCGGUCUGGUGGUGCGUCAAGCUCGUCGAGUCGAACUCGACGCUCGGGGAGGAGAUCAGCAGGAUCAGCUGUCCCGAGCUUGGGGUCGCUUCUCAGCAGCAAACGACGAUCAGCAGCGUCCAGCCCGGGAUCAUCAGGCUAUGCUUCCCCGAUCAACGCAGAAGACGCAAGAGGAGCACUCAUACUGUGGAAGGACCCUGAAGAGGUGCUCAAGUCGACUUCUGCUGCCACUAUACCGUCGCCGCUCAAGCCCAGCGACCUGGCUACGGUGCCCGAAAGCGGUCCCGCUCCCACCAGCUUCAUGAACCAACCACCGGUCUCGUUCCAGUCGGGAUCCAGCUUUUCAGCACCAGCGAGCAACAGCUCCAGCAUGUUCGGUAACACCAUCCCCAGUCUGUCGGCAAUCCCCGGCAUGGCCCCUCUGCCGUCCCCUUCGCAUGCUGAGAGCCCACUCUACGCACAGCAGUCGUCCUUGUCUAGCUCGUACUUUCCCGAGCCUUCGCCACUGGAAGCUCGCUUCUCCGGCCACGCAUCGCAGCAUGUCCCGCAAGCGUUCGGGGCAGCAUCUACAUACCCAAUCACGCCUCCAGGCUCCCACGAUGGCCCCUCGUUCGGUCAUGGUCCAUACCCGGCAUCUCCUUUCCAUGGCGCACCGACACCUUCGCCCUUUGGUAGCGCGCAUCAGCAGUCGCUGCACCACUAUGGUCACCACCACAGCUCGCAUUCGCAGGCCACCACACCGACGUUCCACCCGCACAGCCCGUCAGCACACCAGGUUCAUCAGCAUACCCACGCCGCGGGAGCCCAACCGAUCGAUCUGUCCGGCUGCUUUGGGCCCGCCGAGGAGAUGGACCUCGACAGCUGA